AAUGUUUAUUCGAUUUAGUUUUGCCUGGUACCGACCAACGUAGUUCUUUUAAAGACAUCGCCGUGAGGAGACCGCAUAAUAAUAAUUAUUUGAAAAGUUGAUUUCGUGCGCGUUUUGACGUUCGGGGUGUGUUUGGUUCAUUGUGAUGAGUUUGCGGAUAUAAUGGCGGGCGUUUUAAGUGAUCAGUUAAAGUCGCUUAAUCUGCGAACGAAGACUGUUGGUGAGGACCGAAUUCGGCGCGCAAGAGAACGCAACGAGGAUGUGGCUAUUUUGUCGAUGGACUUGCCUGGGGAGAAAAAGACAUUCGCGUGCUGCUUGGGAGAUGAGUGUUUAAUGGGAGAUGCUAAAUUACUGCCUUUAGGAACUAAGAAGAUGGAAUAUAAAACAAGGCAGUGGCACGAGAAGUGUUUCUGUUGUAACGUCUGUAAAACUCCCAUUGGAACCCAGAGCUUCAUUCCGAGGGAGCAGGAAAUUUACUGCGCCAAGUGCUACGAGGAUAAGUACGCCACUCGUUGCAUCAAGUGCAAUAAGGUGAUUACAAGCGGAGGUGUAACUUACAAGAACGAACCGUGGCAUAGAGAAUGCUUCACGUGCACCAACUGCAAUACCAGCUUGGCCGGCGCUCGCUUUACCAGUCGAGAUGACAAGCCGUACUGCGCCGAAUGUUUCGGCGAACUGUUUGCUAAGAGAUGCACGUCUUGUAAUAAGCCAAUUACUGGUAUCGGAGGUACGAAGUUUAUAUCGUUCGAGGACAGGCAUUGGCACAACGAUUGCUUUUAUUGCGCCAAUUGCCGUACGAGCCUUGUCGGACGUGGUUUUAUUACUGAUGCGGAUGAUAUUAUAUGUCCCGAUUGUGCUAAGAAAAAUUUCAUGUAACUUUUUUAUUUCUUCACGCUUCAUUUUCAAUUAGCUUUACUUUCGUUUUAGCAAUAUUUAAAUCUUAAUUUAUGAGGAGGUAAUUUUAUCAAUUAUAAGUGGGUUUAGAAUGUGAUGUUCACUAUGUGUCAUAAUUUAUUAACAUUCGCUUAUAUAAUCUUGUAUUCUAUCAUUAAAUAUUAAUUUCAAAGGUCACCCGGCAAUAAUUUUUUAACAUUUAACUAAAGACCUUUAAUUUAGCAAAAUUGUACUCAUAUAUUGUUAAUGUUAUGGAAAUGUACAUUUCGAAUGUGUGGCCUUAAAUUUGGAAUAACUAGAAACCUACCACGUUUCGUAGGUUGUGUGCCUCUAGUAGUUUUAACUUCAUCUAAAUCUGGUUAACUACCUGGUUAAUGUAGAUAAAAAAGCAAGUGUAUACAGCUUAAAGGCAUUUAUUGAGCUAAUUUGGUGCUACAUGAGUAGUUAGAAUGUUUAGUUUACAUACAAUAUUGAAUGUUAUUUUUUAAUAGUUUAAUCGUAUUUGCGAAUUUUAAAUGAUAUCUAAUACAUAUGUAAGCUUCAUUAAAUUAUUUAUAAUA